GCUAAAACGCAUCCUCCAUUUUGAAUCAUCAUGUAACGCCCACGACUCAUUUGAACACCACGUGAAAUAUUGCUCCGACUAUGCGCAAUCCGCUGUCAAUGCUGAAGACGUGGCGCAGAACCCAAAGCGGAACCCCCCCCACCCCUCAGGGUGAACAGCUCCGUCAACGCCUUCAAUCUGCACAAGUAUCUUCUCCACUCAAUACGGCAGCAUUCUUUGUUCCCAUUGGUGAGCUCAACGCGCUUAUCGAGCCUGGGACCGUGCAUGGCAUACUCCAAGAGUUAGACAAACAGUCCUCCGAGUCUCACGAAAGACUGACUGCGACCAUCGUUCAAACAGCACCCAGGUUUUUCGCCCUCCUGGUCUGGAUCGGCCAGGCCCACCGAGUCUUCUCUCUCGGAUCGCAUCAUCUCGAUGAUACGAGCCUACCAUUAAAUGAAAGAGCUAGCUUCGGCUGGGGCACAGAAUGCGAGGCCAGGAUUCUGCGCGACCAGUGGAUUUUCCUUGCGCCAGUUUUUCAGACUGAAGGUCAAUCCAUCAGCAUUCAUCUCUCUGUGCCUCUACCGUUCAUAUCUGCUAGUCCUGUAAGCAAGGAAUCAGACAAUCGAACCCUCCGUCAAGUUCAAAUCCAUCCUUCGCAUCUCGGAUUUUUCAAUGGCGAUGAUGUUGCUGCGACUCCCGUUCUAGCUCUCAAACUGUUCAAAACCAAAGCCAGUAUAAGAUUCCAGCAUGAAGUCCACAUCCUUCAGCUUCUCAACCAAGUUUCCAGCCGCAAUAUCGUAAAGCUUCUCGUGGCAUUUUCAAACCAGAACACCCGCGGUAUUAUAUUUCCAUGGGCUGAAUGCGAUCUCUCCGAGAUGAUGAUGCGGGCAAUACCGCCCAAUCAACGAUGUGAGCUUGGCCUCUGGACUCUUCAACAGUUCAUUGGCCUUUUGGAUGGACUUGCAGCUAUUCACCGCAUACCCGAAAGCAAUGGAUGUCGAUCACGCACUCAGUGCCGACACGGUGAUCUCCGGCCCGCUAACAUACUUGUCAUGAAAGGUUCAAAAGCCCCUUGCGGCCAUCCAGCUAGUAUCGCGAGUUGUAGACUUCAGAUCGCUAGUAUGGCCAUGGCGCAGUUAUUUCAAGACGAAAGCCAAUAUACUGUUCCGUCGGAAACCGGCACGUAUCAAGGACCAGAAUGCUACCUUCAAACCGCGAUUGGACCGUUGUACGAUAUCUGGUCGCUGGGUGGACUUUUUCUUGAGAUGAUUAUCUGGUGGCUUGAAGGGCCGAGCGGACUCGAAACUUUCGCCGACGAGCGAAUCGCACCAGACCCUCUACUCGGAAAGAGGGUCCAGGACGAUUAUUUCUUUACUCUCAAUACUGAAGACGAGCGGUAUGCUGGUGCUGAGGUUAGAUCUUCUGUUAUGUCGUUGAUAAAGAGGCUCGAGCAGGAUGACAGAUUGAGCCCUGCGUUUGUGAUCUUAUUGAGCGUCAUCAAGAGCGACAUGCUUGUACCCAUUGGCAGUCAGCGGUUGGGAGCGAGUGAGCUCUCAAAGAAGCUUAUGCACCUAUUGAAUAGCCAGGGAGGAGACACGGUGGAUGUCCAGUGCAGCAAGUGACUUUGUGUUCUUCUGCCACAUAUCGAAAGUGGUAAUCGAGUAUGAUAUCUUUCGCCUACAAUCUACUUCAGGAUACAUUCUGCGCCCCGUUCAUGGCCAAUGCUAUUCUUCUCCGCAAUGAUCCCGGUGGUCUAGCUGCCACACAAUAAUCGUUACCGGAUCGGUACCGACGCGCGCUGGCCCAGCCUAGACUGGGCAACAAUUCUAGAAGACGACCUUCUUAUCCCCAUACCCGGUCUAGACCCUCUGUCCUGCUCGGCAUAUUGACUUCUGCCCUCCGGGCUCACGAAUUUCUGCCGGUCAUGGCGCCGGAGCAGGAAUCGAUCCAGUCCCCGGUACGACACGUUAGUGCCGUCAGCCGCGUCUUUCUCCCAAAUCGUACCGAGGAACC